GCGACACCUCCAGCACCGUGUCUGCUCUCUGCUACACCGUGGCCAAGUCGGCUCAGGGCAGCAGCCUCCACGCUCUGGAGUCCGGCUCCGACUACAAGAGCCGCGGCAUGACCAGCGACAACCGCGUCAUCUUCGGCCCCGGCGUCAGCAUGUCCACCUGCGACGUCAAGCUCAUCGACGACAGCGAGUACGAGCUGUCUGAGGAGUUCGAGCUGGUGCUGUCAGACGCCUCGGACAACGCCCGCAUGGGGGACGUGUCAACAGCCAAGGUCGUCAUCGAUGGACCCAACGAUGCAUCAACCGUCACUCUCGGAAACGCCACCUUUACUUUCAGCGAAGAUGCAGGUACGAUUGAAAUCCCAGUGCUGCGCCACGGCAGUGACCUCUCCUCUCUGACCUCCGUGUGGUGUGCCACUCGACCUUCAGACCCCCCCUCAGCCAGCCCGGGGGUCGACUACAUCCCCAGCUCCAAAAAGGUGGAGUUCAAACCUGGAAGAACUGAGGAGACCUGCAGUUUGACCAUCAUGGACGACAUCCAGAACCCGUCCAUCGAAGGAUCUGAGUCCUUUGUGGUGUUCCUCAGUUCUCCUCAGGGUGCUGUCCUCCAAGAGCCCUACGAAGCCAACGUGGUCAUCACCGACACCUUCCAGGACAUUCCCAGCAUGCAGUUUGAGAAGAGCGCCUACACUGUGAAGGAGAAAGACGGCGUCCUCCACAUCCCCAUCUUCCGUACGGGUGACCUGUCCUUCAAGUCGUCGGUGCGCUGUUUCACUCGGACCAUGUCGGCCAUGGUGAUGGACGACUUCGAGGAGAGGAGGAACGCUGACGAGUCUCGCAUCACUUUCCUCAAAGGAGAGAAGGUAAAAAACUGCACCGUUCACAUCAACGAUGACUCUGUUUUUGAGCCCGAAGAGGAGUUCCAGGUGCAUCUUGGGACACCGCUGGGUGACCACUGGAGCGGCGCCAUGGUGGGCGCCAGCGACAUUGUCACCAUCACCAUCACUAAUGAUGAAGACG